CCCAGCAUCGGUACCUACUAAGCAUCAGCCGCACCAACCUUAAAGACCCCUUCCCUCAAUCCCGAGCUCAUCUUCCUCUCUCCUCCACCUGCAAAUCUCCCUUCAACAACGUUAACCUCAUGACCGCGUUUUAACUAGAAUCAAGUUAAGAAAACGAAGACAAAUCUAUUUCCUCUCCUCUUACAAUCAAUCAACAAUGGAGAAAUGGGAGCAAUCGCGACCGCAGGCUCCUCCGUCCCAUCGCCAUGGCCGUAAUAAUCCCUCUUUUUCUUCUUCCCUCCUCGACGCCAUCUACCGCUCCAUCGACGAUUCCGAUGCCGUAACUCCCUGCCUCGUCACUUCCUCUAUCGACAAAAAUUGCGCCUUCCGACCACCACCUCCGGCUACUCUUCGCCGGGCUAUUGAUCCGGUCGAUGAUCGCCGUCACCGACGCUUUUGCUCUGCCACCAGCUCCUCCGAUACCUCCAGAUUCGGCGGAUUCUCUUCCUCCGACUUCGACUCCGCCACCCGCCCUCGCCCUGUUCUCACCCGAUCCAAACUCAUCCGAAUGGAUCCACCGCCGCCUCCGGAAACUAAGAGGACCAAUCGCUCUAUCCGCAGCCGUAUCCGCGAUUUGCAGAAAUCGCCGGCCUCGGCGUCGCCCGGAUCCCGCCUCACCGCCUUUGUUAACGCAAUCUUCGCCGGCGGCAGCGACAGAACCCCCAACAAACCCAAAUGCACCGGCCGCAUGGAGAAUCCAGCGAGCGCGACCUCCUCGUCGUACUUUUCGAAAUCGGGAACCAGCAAUGCUGCUCCGUUUUAUAAUGGCCGCGGGAAGCAAGAGUCUGUGCGGAUCUCGCCGGUGAACGACUUCGGCGGCGGGGAUCUCCGACAGACACGCCCAUGCGGCGGCGGAGAUUCCGCUGCAGCGAGCGAUCGGCGUAUGAUGGUGGAAUUGUUUAGAGGAUUCGAAAAGAUAGAGGAUCAGGAGGAUUGCGAGAGCGUGUCGAGCUCGGAUCUGUUCGAGCUGGAGAGCCUCUCUGUGAUCGGACGGUUUACGGACGAGCUCCCGGUGUACGAGUCCACUAAUCUGGGCAAUAGUCGCGCAAUCCCCCGCCGCUUUAUCGCCUGAAAUUUAUAUUACGAUGAUCUCAAAAAUAUUUGAGUAAAAAAGCUCUCCAUCUUCAUACAA